UGCCGAGUGAACGUGAGUGCCCCUGUAUUCUCUUCUGGUGCAACCACGCGAGACACUCAUCUAGACCUAGCAGAUGAAUAGAACAAAAUAUUAUCCAAAAAUUAGUCGAUACUUGGAUAAAUGUUAUAACAAUUGAGGAAAAAAAGUAAUACCUGUUUUCAAAAGUUGACUGUUUCAAUGUUAGCUGAAUGUGUUAGCAAUCAAUAACACGAUGCCAACACUUGUUUUUAAAACUCCAAAACUUGGCCAAGUGGAAAUAAUGAAGGAGAUUAUUCCAAACUUCGAUCUCUAGAGUACUGCUCAACUGAAUUACGAAGAAGUGUCCCAUGAAUAAGAAAUCAAGGGGAACAACGAUGGCACUUGACAAUCCAUCUUACUUUUCCUUACUGGGUGGUUCAAUUACGCCCUCAGAUGAUACCGAGCUAUCAGUGCUAUCAGUAUCACCAUCAGUAACAAGUAGUGCGCGGAGUUUUACAACUUUUUUUAAGAAAAAACCGUGCAAAAUGGGAACAAGCAUAUCAAAUUCAGCGAUGGGUGUAACAACAGUUACGGUUCAUCAAGAAAAUAACAGGAAUAUUUCUUCAAUAGAAGAAUGUGAGCCUAUGUUGCCUCGACAGAUGAGCAAUACGAAUGGUCCAAGAAGAAGCUUCCGGAGUCUCUUCAGGUCCUUGAGCUCUAAUGCAGAGACUGAAAGAACACUUCAGAUUCUCAAAGGCAACCCCAGACCAAGUGAUAUUGCUCCUCCUUCUCCUUAUCUUCCUCAUAGAUCUCACUCACAUUCAGAUCAUGAUAGAAGAAACUGCCCAACUCGCCGUAGGGUGCUUAAAUCCGCUAGCGAACUUUUAUCUAAUGAUAUGAUAUUCUGUGGUGAGGAUGCAGUCAAUUGCAGAGUCAAUGGAUAUAAAGACCAUGACGAUGAUGAUGAUGAUACCGGUGAAGUUUUCCUGGGUGUUAAUGAUGCGAGGUAUUAUAACUUAUCAGCUACUCUACCAACCCAUGGGGCAUCUGGAAACAGAAGGCACUCAAUUGGAACCUUCUGCAGCAAGGAACAAAGUACUGUCAUUUUUACCAAGGCUGUUAUACAAAAUGAUGCUGUUCUCAAAGAACCAGACACCAUUGCUCCGCCUAUACCUGUUGAUCAAGUUGAUGGAGUUCAUCCAACGAAAAAUGCUUGGAAGGCAAAAAAGCCUAGAACAUCAUCCAGGAAGGGUUCCAGAAGCAGAAGCGGUGGUACAAAGCUAGAGGGUACAAAUGCAAGUUUCAUGGAAGAAAGAGAAGAUGUGAUAUUCAUUUCUAGUAAAGACAGUGAAGCAUCAACGCUUUGGGUCAACUACCUCACCGCCUGCUUUGAGCAAAUCAGCAGACAGCAGGGACGCCCGCCUUUCAAAGUCAGACAUGUAACAGUGGAAGAUGCAGCUACCAUUUCAUCAUCAACACAAGAGAAAAUAUCCAAAGCAAGACUGCAGAUUAUCAUUGUCUGUCCGAUCUUACUUGAAAAAGCCUCCAGUAAACCUGAACAAGCAUCUACUCUUGCUAAACAACUGACACCAGACCGUGUGCUCGCUAUGAUGCUUGGAGUUCAUGAUGGACACUUGACUGAAAGCCAAAAGACUGCCCUCAUCUCGUACUCCCAGUGGCAAAAGUUCUUUGUCAAGGACCAAGAUGAAACUUUUGUUGGUCAAUUUCUUGGUGCUGCUGUUGCUAUUUUAGGAACUGCUCCAGCCCCAGCUUUGAAGAGUGACAAAACGACAUUUUCAGUUCAUCCGAAAAAAGUUAAAAUGGGCCAAAACAGAAUACUCGUUAUCCUAAAUGAUCCUCUGAGACCAGAAGAUACCAUUAACGUAAUUGUGGAUCGUUGCGGUGAUGGAAUAGAAAUAAAUCAAGUGAAAAAACGGAAUCCCUAUACCCUUCAAUUUUCGAUUCCUGAACGAUGCUUAGAAGUUUCAAUGCUUGUUGGAGUGCGAGUUAUCAUUAAUGGAAAACCUCAAGGAGUCCGUCAAGUCAAAUGUGAAAGUAGACUUCGAGAACUUGACCAGAUACUUCGAGCACACGAUAAUCCACUAGAGUUCAUGUGCCAGACCUUUGGGUUUAAUCCUGGAGACCGAGAGCAAUUAGAUAACUGGAUGGUCCAUGCAUUCCAAAAAAAUUUACCUCCACGUUUUCAUCUCUUGGCUACUCCCAGUGGAUCAGUUCCUCUACAAAGAAAUAUUAUCAGUCCGGAAGAAUAUCCAACUCUCCUCCACUUUGCAGCUCGCUUUGGACUAGAAAAACUUGCUUGGCAAUUACUAGACUGUCCUGGUGGUGAAAUAGCUUGUGACCUGAAAAAUGUUUCAGAGUUUACACCAGCAGAUCUAGCAGAGCAAGCUGGACACGCUAAAUUGGCUCAUCAACUUCGUGGCUACAUGCAAAUGAAUGAGUUCACGAACAUGUACAGCUACUUAAAAGUUAUCAGCGAAAACACAUCUGGUUCUGGAGCGAAUAAUGAGAGUACACCACCAAAUAAUUCAGACACUAACGAACAAGACAAAGAAGACUAUUGUCAACCACGACCGCUAAGUGAGGCUUACUUAGUACCACCUGCUGCUCGACCAGUCAUUACAACUGCUGUGAUAACAAAUACACCACCGCAACUGCCACCACCAAAUCCGACCUCGCCAACCACUGGCGAGAUGAAUUAUUCAAUUGUACCACCACCGACUCCUGUCCUUGGGUCUAUUACUAAUCAAUUAGGAGGUUUUGAUGCAAAUAGCUUGAAUCUACCACUUCAGGGCUACUUGAAAAUGCAUCCUGCUGGUCCUAAAACUCCGAAUCCAAUUACAGCACCGGUGACAGCUCCACUAAUGGCUUUGAAACCAUCAUCAGCUUUAUCUAUGCGAAAGGAUAACACAAUCAGUCGAGAAGACAGUAACUCUAACUCGUCAAAUGUCGGAAGUUUACCGAGGUCUCUUUCUAAUCAAGGGAAUAAAUCUCGAGAUCCACCAGGACCUCAGGAUGAACUCUUAGAAAUAAUAAAUGAUUUUAAGAAUAAUGUCUUUACAAUUGGUGAAGUUGAAAGAUUAGUUGAAAAUUGGAGAAACCGUAAUGAUGUUCAACAGAGUUUUAAAGACAAACAAAGGCAAUUAACAGCAAUGAGAGAUGAGUAUGAAAGAAUACAAAAAAAAUUAAAAGAAGAGAUGAAGACUCCAACACCUUUUGAGAGGGUAAAAAAAUUCUUCAGCAAAAUUAAAAAAGAACCUAAAGACUCUAAUAGCCAAGAUGAUGAUACAGCAUCAACAAAUAGCAAGACUGAUAAAUCUAAUGAAAGUCUAAGUGAUCGAAGACCUAUCAGUAGCUUAAGUUUACAGAGUUUAUCAAGUUCUUCAUCAUCUGGACGGAUGAGUAUUAUCAGUGGGUGCAGUGGCACUAGCCUUGGUGACAGUGGAACUCAUUCUGACACAGAAGACAGAAGACUUCGUAAUAUACGAGAAGACAAAAGUGGAAUGAUGGCAUACGAAAUCCCACCAGCACCAAAACCAUUUACUGGCAGAUAUUCUCCGAUGCGCUAUACGCCCUCACCACGAUCAUCUUCCCAAUGUUCUGAAGAACAUCGUCGGAAUAAUUCCGCUGGAUCUACUGAUCAGUAUUAUAUAUCUUUCCCAGUUUCCGGAUUGCCAAUUCAUUCUUACAAUCCAGAUGGAUCAGCAAUUGAACCAAAAACCCCCUGCUCGCCUUGCGACCAUCCUUUUCCUGCUUCUACAAGCAUUCCUAAAGAGCAAAAUCACAUCAACAUCAACGAAAACAUUGAUAAUCACAAGGAAAUCAAAGAAAUGAAUCAUCUAUCGAUCCCCUCAACCCCACCAUCUCCUCCUACUCAUGUUCCUCUCGAUUACAUUAACAUAACACCUGCAAAUAUUCCUUUAAAUGAUCUCCAAAACAAUAAUCUUAAUAAUACUAAUAAAAAUAACGAUAACAAUAGUAAUAGUAAUAUUAAUAAUAAUAACAAUGAUGAUAGUCCAUGUAAUAAUGGAAAAUACGAUACGACCUUAGACAUUUCUAAAAUACAAAAUAACGAGUCUGUGAAGGUUAUAAACGAAAAUCAAGCAAUCAUAGAACAGAAUGAUUCUGAAAGCUUUCAAGGGACUCAUUUAAACUCAGAUCACGUACAAAGUAUAUCCUUGGACGUGGACGUUGUAGAUGCACCACGGCUUCACAAAUACAUGAAUAUUCAACCGUAUGAUCAAGACCCAAAAGUUGUCGGGAUGAUUCCUAAAAAACCACCAGCACCGCCUGUUCCACCACGAGUUGCUGCAGCUAAAAAGUGAACAAAUUUACUCCGAAUGAUGCAGUCCAUCUAUUUGAAUAACUCUAUUUAAAUGUAAAGUCAAUAAACUAUAAUUCGGACAUAUAUCAUAAUAUAUUAACCAUAUCAAUCAAAUAAAAUAUAAUCAACUGAUUAUAUACUUUUUAUCAACAAAAAAAAAUUGUAAAUUUAUUUAAUUGUUAGAUAUUAAUUAUUUUAUUUGUUAUUUAUAAGUUAAUAUCAUCACACAAAUAGAAUGUAAUAUUUUAUAUGUUUACAUUCUAGGAUAUAGAAUGAAAAAUAUUCUUACUCAUCAGCAAGUGACUCAUACUUAGUCCAAGAUUUUGAAAUGUUCAAUAGAGAUAUGAAAAAUAUUUCAAAAAUUUUACAUACUCUAUUAUGUAUUAAUUCUUUAUAGGAUUAAGUAAGUUACACUGA